AUGAUCGGCGGCGGCGGACGCAGCAGGCGGCGCGGGCGUACGCCGGCGGCCCUGCCCUCGAGCUCUGCCGCGAACCAAACCGAGCACUCUCUCUCUUGCUGGUAUUGUGACUGCAAAAUCUAUGCCUUCAACGACAUGAUAUUCAAUUUGGGGUGGAAACAUGCUAGAUACACCAGAGCAUGGUUUUCUAUAGGAGUUUAUUUCUCUCUCGUUGCUUUAGUUGGUAUAUCUUUGUUGCUACUGUGGGAUUCAGUUGGUGCAUUUCAUGUUAGAGGUGGAUCUGUUAGUGCCUGGUUACCAAAUCUACUGUCUUCCAGCUUCAGCGUAUCGAUAAUGGACACACCAAUCAUCAUAGCAUCAACGAUCUUAUCAAUUGCUUUUCAUGAAUUUGGACAUGCUAUUGCAGCUGCAAGUGAGGGCGUGCAGAUGGAAUAUGUUGCAAUAUUCAUAGCUGUAAUUUUUCCUGGGGCAUUAGUUGCUCUGAACUAUGACCUUCUUGAGAAUCUAUCCCUUUUUUCAAUGCUUCGGAUUUAUUGCGCGGGAAUUUGGCAUAAUGUUAUGUUAUGUGCAGCUUGUGUGCUGAUGGCAUUAUUACUUCCUGUGGUUCUCUAUCCUCUCUACACGAGUGGUGAUGGCCUUACUGUCAUGGGAGUCCCACAAACAUCUCCUCUGUCAGGGUACUUGUCUGUUCAUGAUGUUAUCGUCUCUGUUGAUGGUCUGAACAUAAGAAGAACUGACGAUUGGAUGAAAAUGCUGGAUGAAGGCAGCGUAGAAAAAGCUAGUAGUCGUGAGUUUCUUGGAGGUUCUCAGAGCUAUGGUGCCACUACUUCUGGCAAGGGUUAUUGUGUCCCCAACUCAUGGUUGGAUGCAAGCAAGAAUCUCUGGCAGCUAAAUGACAAGCUAUCUUGCCCAGAUGAACUGAUAGUCUUUGGGAAAUCUACCUGUAAUGGCUCCACAAACUUUUCUGAGACUGACAGAGGUAGUGGCAAGAAAGAAGCUGAGGACAAGUAUUGCUUGAUUGCAAAAGAUGUAGUUAAACUCAAAAAAUGUGGAAACGGAUGGCGGAGUACUAAAGAUGAUGAAAGGAACUGUACCUGUUUGGAGGAUGAGUACUGCUUGGUACCUCUUCUGGCCCCUGGGUUUUCAUGGAUAGAGAUCUCCUAUACCAGACCAUAUUCUUUGGAGUGUUUAAAGCAAGAAGGAAAUUUAUCAUCACCACAUGCUAUAAAUAAUAACAAUGGUCCCAAUCCUUGUGGGGGAACUUUUGUUUAUGUGGGGGAUCUGUCAUCGGCAGCACGUUCUGUUAAAUUAUGCCCCUACAGGCCCCGAUGGGCACUCUUCCGUUUUAUUGCAGAUGUUCCCCAUAUAUUGGAAAACUGUUUAAGUUGGUUGCUUCAUGUGUCUGCGGCAUUGGCUGCAGUCAACUGCUUACCGGUAUUCUUCCUAGAUGGGGACGCAAUUUUGGAUACUACCUUACGCUAUGUUGCUUGGUUUACCCGAAGACAAAAGCGGGUGAUUAUUAAGGUCUGCCGCCUUCUGUGGACCACCCUAUCCAUCAUCGUGUUCUCAAGGUUCUUAUAUUCCAUGACACUGUAUUAUGGCUAAUGUAGAAGUCAAUAUUAUGGAGCUUUGCUGUAAACUAGUACUUACAAAAAAAAAUCAUUAACAUGGUACUGUCUGAUAUAUCACACAAUUGGCAUGCAAGAUGUCUCCUUGUGAAACAAUGGCAGUUUGAGAUUGCUACAAAUUGAUACGAUAUGGCGUAGAAGUACUUUAGAACAUUCCAUGUUUAAUUUUUUUUGGACGAUUCAACGGAAUGUAGAAUAUUUGGAGACGAGAGAUAAGAAUGGGCAUGGAACCUACCGAUGUAAA